CGCCCUACGCGGGUCCGACCGAACCAACCCCCUCCCCCCCCCGCGCGCAGGAUGCAUCAUCGCUCGGGAUCGCAGACCGGCACGGGCGUGGAGGUCAACCGCCGCCCCACGGAGUACAAGACGGGCGAGAUGGGCGCUAUGGAGGAGGACGGCACGAGAAAAGUCGCGUUCAUCACCGGCGUGACCGGCCAGGACGGGUCGUACCUCGUCGAGUUACUCCUCGCGAAGGGCUACGUCGUGCACGGGAUCAAACGCCGAUCGUCGUCGUACAACCACCCUCGCCUGGAGCACAUCCUGAACGACGACGAUUACCCGAACGGCGAGAACUUCCACCUGCACUACGGCGAUCUGUGCGACCUCCACGCGCUCGUGGCCAUCAUGCGCGACGUGAGACCGACCGAGGUGUACAACCUCGCGGCGCAGUCGCACGUCCAGGUGUCGUUCCAGAUGCCCAUGUACACCGCGGAGGUGGACGGCGUCGGGACGUUCAACCUCCUCGAGGCGGUGCGACUCACCGGCCAGGAGGGCACCGCGAAGUUUUACCAGGCGUCGACGUCGGAGCUCUACGGCAAGGUGCGCGAGAUUCCGCAGAGCGAGACGACGCCGUUUUACCCGCGGUCGCCGUACGCGGUCGCGAAGCUGAUGGCGUACUGGGCGGUGGUUAACUACCGCGAGUCCUACGGUAUGUUCGCGUGCAACGGCAUCUUGUUCAACCACGAGUCCCCGAGACGCGGAGAGACGUUCGUGACGAGGAAGAUCACGAUGGCGGCGGCGAACAUCAAAGCCGGGAAGCAGGAGUGCCUCUACCUCGGAAACAUGGACGCGAAGCGCGAUUGGGGCCACGCGCGCGAUUACGUCGAGUGCAUGUGGAAGAUGCUGCAGCAAGACGAGCCGGACGAUUACGUCGUCGCGACCGGGGAGACGUACACGGUGCGAUCGUUCGUCGACCGCGCCUUCAAAGCCGCGGGCAUGGAGCUCAAGUUUGAAGGCGAGGGCGUGAACGAAGUCGGGAUCGAGAUCGCGACGGGGAAGGUUCUCGUGCGCGUGCACGAGCGGUACUUCCGCCCCGCGGAGGUCGACCUCCUCAUCGGCGACCCGACCAAGGCGAGGACGACGCUGAAGUGGAACCCGAACUCGACGUCGAUCGACGCGCUCGUGCAGGAGAUGGUCGAGAGCGACAUCGCGCGCGUGAACAAUCCGAGCCUGCGGUAUUAAACAUGUUCGUCGGCGUCGGUCGCCCGGGGCGCGGCGGCGACUGUUUGUUUGGUCUGAUUUACGCCCACGAUGCAUACACUGUACUGUACGACGAUGGAUACGUUGUACGCGGCGGCGGACGGCGACGUCGGAUCGGAAGGAGACGCGCGUCGGCGCGCGUGCGUUCGCCCUACGCGGGAACGCGCGCGCGCCGGACGAUCGCUCGUUCGCGCUACGCGGGAACGAGCGUCGUCGUCGCGUCUUUCCGCUCCGCCGGCGGCGCCCGAGUCGUCGUUCAUUCACAUAUUGAUUGCUUCAUAUAAACAUAACACGAGCGCGGCGCGAUGUGAUACGAUAUGAUACGAUAUACUACG